AAAAAUGGCCAAAAAGCAGAUUCUCCAAUCCAGAAUGACCUCAAUGAAUCAUUUGAGGAAGAAGUUAGAGCGUUCCUCAGUGAUGAAGAGAAACUGCAUCUUUUUGACGACCUCACGAAGGUUAAUCCAGUGACAACUACAACAGUUCUGAAAUGUCUUCAAGCAAGAUAUACAGUAAACUUGUUUUAUACAAAUGCUGGCUGCAGCCUGGUGGCUUUAAAUCCGUUUCAGCCUGUCUCCUACCUCUAUUCACCAGAGCUUAUGAGAGAGUACCAUGUUGCACUUCGUCCUCAGGAUUUAAAACCUCACAUCUUUGCAGUGGCUGAGCAAACCUACCGAAACGUCCAAAGCCAGAUAGAGCCUGUAAACCAGUCUAUAAUUGUGAGUGGAGAAAGUGGUGCUGGAAAGACCUGGACAUCUCGCUGCCUUAUGAAAUUCUAUGCUUCUGUUGCUGCUCCAGUUAUCUCCCCUAAAGGCAAUGAAACUGUGGAAAGGAUAGAGAAGAGAGUGUUGGAUUCCAACCCUGUCAUGGAAGCAUUCGGAAACGCAUGUACCCUGCGGAACAACAACAGCAGCCGGUUCGGAAAGUAUAUUCAGCUUCAGUUAGACAGAUGUCACCAUCUGACUAGUGCUUCCAUUCAGACUUUCCUUUUGGAGAAGACCAGAGUUGCCUAUCAGGCCCCCAAUGAAAGAAACUUCCAUAUUUUUUAUCAGAUCACAAAAGGUGCUACUGCAGAGGAGAGGUUGGAAUGGAACCUUCCAGAAGGGGCUGAGUAUCGUUGGCUGCCAAAUUCUGAAAGAAACUUAGAUGAGGACUGCUUCGAGGUGACCAGAGAUGCCAUGUUUCACUUGGGCAUUGACCACUCCACACAGAACAAUAUUUUCAAGGUACUUUCAGGCCUUCUUCAUCUUGGGAACAUUCAAUUCUCUAAUCUAGUGGAUGAAUCUCAGCCUUGUGAACUAGAAGACAAAAUCAAAGGUUCUGUGAAGGCUGCUGGGGAUUUGCUGCAGAUACCUGCUGAGGAACUCCUGGAGUCACUAAGAGUUCGAACAAUAACUGCUGGAAAACAACAACAAGUCUUCAAGAAGCCAUGCUCCAGAGCCGAGUGUGAGACCAGGAGGGACUGCCUUGCCAAAGUGAUUUAUGCUAAAUUGUUUGAGUGGCUCGUUUUGGUCAUAAAUGAAAGCAUCUAUGCAGAUCCAUCAGCAUGGACCAACUUCAUAGGUUUGCUGGAUGUUUAUGGUUUUGAAGCCUUCCCUGAAAACAACUUGGAACAGCUUUGUAUUAACUAUGCCAAUGAGAAACUGCAGCAGCACUUUGUAGCACACUAUCUGAAAGCACAACAGGAAGAAUAUGCAGCUGAAGGCUUACAGUGGUCUUUCAUCAACUACCAGGAUAACCAGAAGUGCCUUGAUCUGAUAGAGGGCAAUCCUCUCAGCAUUUUUUCUUUGCUGAAUGAGGAGUGCCGUCUGAAUAGAUCCUCUAACACUGACCUCUUUCAAACUCGGAUUGAGAAAGCCUUGUCUAAUAAUCAAUGUUUAAGUCGAAACAAGUUUAGUAAGAAGCCUAACUUUAUUAUUUCACAUUAUGCUGGCAAAGUCUGCUAUCAGUUGGCAGCAAUGGUGGAGAAAAAUAAGGACCCCAUUCCACCAGAACUGGUCCAAGUUCUGCAGAAUUCAAAGGACCUUUUGCUUCAAAAAUUAUUUCCUGUGACAGAAAGGAACCAAAAUAACAUCAAACCCCAGAACAGAGCAGCUGUGGUUACAGUGGUGUCCAAGUUCAAGGGUUCACUUGAACAUCUCAUGCAGAUUCUGAAUAACACCACCCCACAUUACAUCCGCUGCAUCAAGCCUAACGCCGACUGCAAGGCAAUGACUUUUAAAAGAGAAGAGGUUCUCAGCCAGCUUCAGGCAUGUGGAAUUGUUGAAGCCAUCACCAUCAGCGCAGCAGGCUUCCCUGUUAGGAUCCCUCUCCAGAGUUUCACUGAGCGCUAUGAAAUACUGAGAACAUCACGUGGAGCCAAUAAAACCAGAGGGGGUGAUAAAAGCAACUAUCACACUGCUGAGCUAAAUGGCAAGACUCCAGUGGUGGAUGAGGACAAAGCAUCACGCUCUGUUGUUUCUGAGAUCCUUCAGAAUGUUACUGGAAAAACUACUGCUGAGCAGACAGGGAAGAGAGCAGAAAACACUUCAGUGUACUGCGGCAAAACCAAAGUAUUUAUGGUGAAUGCUGUGCUGGAUCAACUGGAAGCUAGAAGAGCAGAGGUGCUAAAUGAGAAAGCAUUUUGCAUUCAGUGUUGCUGGAGAAGAUUUAAACAGAGGAAACUAGCAAAGGAGAGAUGGUCUGCAACUGUCAUCCAAGCAGCUGUUCGUUCCUGGUUAGCCAAGAAUCGCUUCCAAAGGAUGCGCAGGGCUGCUCGUGUUAUUAAGCGUGGCUGGAGGAAAUGGAAAGCAAAAAUGGCUGCGCUGGCAGCAGCAGAACUGGAUGAGGGUGAAGAAAAGGUGUUCUCUGUUCCUGCAGCUGCGCUGCUCUCGGCCAAACCACCUUGCUCUUUGGAAACAACUUGGCCUCUGCAGGCAAUAAUUCAGUUCUGGCCUCUUGGCCUUGUCCUGGCUGCUGCACCCGUUACUGUAACGGGGCCUCGGAGGGACCUGUCCUUGCUGGCGUGUCUCAAAGUGCUUCAGAACGACUGCUACAAGGUGGAAAGCUGCUUCUUUGGCUGUGGCAUCACCUCCAUUAGAGCUCUCCCACAGGGCUCUGUCAAGUUCCACUGUAAGAAGUCUCCGCUGCAUUACGCAGAUGUCAGCCCCCACACGGAUGCUUACUCCAUCACUGGAUUUAACCAGAUUUUACUGGACAGAAAAAAACUCUUUCCAACAUAG